UACUGCAAACAGGAGUUGGUACUCCAUUGUUUAAUAUGCUGGUGUGCUUGGGAGUUUGUUUCUCACUCCUGAACGAUUAUUAGCUACGGUGGGCUGCCAUUAUGGUGUUGUGGUCCUAGGGUUUAGGGUAGAGUAAUGGCAGGUAUAUGGUUAAAGGCCUGGACACUGCAUCUUUUACUGGCACUUGGUGCUUCAGAGCCACCACUAGUACCUCAAGAGAAAUUGUAUGACUUCAGAAGGAACCUCUUGGGUUUGGAUAAAUGCAAUGCCUGCAUCGGAACUUCCAUUUGCAAGAAGUUUUUCAAGGAUGAAAUAAGGUUUGAAAGAUGGCUGACAGUGCAGCCUAGUCUAUAUACAGCAGAUGAACAGUCCUACGAGGCAAACUACACGGACAGCACGGCGGGCUGGAGGACGGUGGUGGUGUCUCACUUAAUGUCUUCUCACCUGCACCAGAGAUCAGACAAUAGCAUUUGCAGCUCAGCAGGCAAAGGGAAAUCCUGUAGCAUUGAAGCCGUCCUCAGGGCCACUCCACGCUUCCAACGUUGGGUUCAUUCCAACCUGCUGCUUCCCAGCAUGGUGCAGGGUCUGGCCACCCCAAUGCUGCGCUGUCCAUCACAAAGGCUGCUGGACCGCAUUGUACGACGCUACUUUGAAGUGAUUGAUGUGGGCAGUGUGCAGAUGAAGCACUUCACUGAAAAGGACAAACUUAGACUUCUUUAUACCCUGGCUGUCAAUCAACAGGCCCUCAUCCUACAGAUGUUUCCAGGCACGGAGGGCUGGCCCUUCCUGCGCUAUCAUGGCUCCUGUGGAAGGGUGAUGGUGUGGGCAGGGAGCACACCCAUAAGGAGCCUGUUCUCCUCUCUAAUGGAACUGCGAGCUGACGUAGCAUACCAGCUUCUUCAAAUCACCCAAAGUCUGAGCUCCAACAGCCUUCAGUUUAACCUCUUCUAUACCAAUGUCACAGAGGACAUGUUUGGGACUUUGGAAGACGGCAGGGUCUUCAUAGUUGACACGGGCACCAUAGGGAUCAUCGACUUAAAGGAAGGAUAUCCUCCCGAUGAAGACUUGCAAACCAAGCAUAUUGACGUCUUCUCCUGUCUAACUGGAUCUUGUAAGCAAAGUCCACCAUGCGGGGCUGUCCGAGCAGCACAGAGUUUUAUCCUGCUUUGUAGACAUGUCCUCCACAACCUGCUUGGUCCUAAUGACGUACGGUCUCGUCAGCUUCCCAGAGCAGCACUCGAUGAGCUCACAAUCUGCUCGGACCAAUCUCAGUCUGACCGGAGAAUAAUGGAUGCCGUCCAAGCCCUGAAAAACAUUUUACAGUCCCUAAGACCAUGCAGUCCUCUCUAUGGAUACAGGUACCCUGAAUGCCUCUAUAAUGACAAAUUCUAGACCAAUACAACUGAUGACUUAAAAAGCUUUUAAGAAAAAAUGAUAACUACAGUUUCAGAAGCAGCAGCAUGGAGCAUGGUCAUGGGCAUUUAAAAGUGCACUGUGGGACUUUUAAAAGGAUCUUUUGACAGAAAUGCAAUACAACUAAAUUAUCAGUGGUGUAUACAUUUACACUGUAUUGUUUUUAUUACCUUACAAUAAGCCGUUUUAUCUACAUACACCACGGGUCCCCUUACAUGGACGUCGUCGUCAUGUUUCUACAGAAGCCCCAAACUGGUAAACUGCUCUAGAGAGCGCGUUUCACCCCUGCGUUGUCUCGGACGACAUCAUUUGUCCUGCGACAGGCUGGAAGUUACUGUAGCUUCUCAUUGCAUUACGUAAUCUCACCAAUAGAUGCUGCUAAAACACACUGUACCUUUAAGCACAAAAAAAGAUAAGAUUUUGCUUGCUGUUAAAGUUCUCAAACUUGCUAGUGGGCAAAAAUGGGUUCUACAGCUUUGUCAAUACAUACGCAAUGAAUGGCAUAUAGCUUAGUAGUUCAUAUUAACCUAGUACAGACAGUGAAAAUGCUUGCGUUACAUGUAAUGCCGUCUAUUCUGUUUUGUAUUGCAUAAUUCA